GGCUAGCUCAGUAGGCUGAGGCAGCGGGGGAAGAUGGCGGCGAACGUUCCGCAGCGGGCGUGGACCGUGGAGCAACUGCGCAGCGAGCAACUGCCCAAGAAAGAUAUUAUCAAGUUUCUGCAGAGUCAUGGUUCAGAUUCGUUUCUUGCAGAACAUAAGCUAUUAGGAAACAUUAAAAAUGUGGCCAAGACAGCUAACAAGGACCAUUUGGUUACAGCCUAUAACCGUCUUUUUGAAACUAAGCGUUUCAAAGGUACCGAAAGUAUAAAUAAGGUGUCGGAGCAGGUGAAAAAUGUGAAGGUUAAUGAUGACAAGCCCAAAGAAACCAAGUCUGAAGAGACUCUGGAAGAGGGUCCACCAAAAUACACAAAAUCUGUUCUUAAAAAGGGAGAUAAAACCAACUUUCCCAAAAAGGGAGAUGUUGUUCACUGUUGGUAUACAGGAACACUACAGGAUGGGACUGUUUUUGAUACUAAUAUUCAAACAAGUUCAAAGAAGAAGAAAAAUGCCAAGCCUUUAAGUUUUAAGGUUGGAGUUGGCAAAGUAAUCAGAGGAUGGGAUGAAGCACUCCUGACUAUGAGUAAGGGAGAAAAGGCUCGACUAGAGAUUGAACCAGAAUGGGCUUAUGGAAAGAAAGGACAGCCUGAUGCCAAAAUUCCACCAAAUGCAAAACUUAUUUUUGAAGUGGAAUUAGUGGAUAUUGAUUGAAGUAGCAAGGCUUCAGGUCUAAAGACAACAGCAACAAUGAUAAAACUUGGCCUUGAAGAAAUUUACGUAACUAGAGCUGGUUACUAUUGUGUUUAAUGGGGGAGUCAACUGGUAAAUUCAAGGAAUUAAGUUAAAACCUUGUUUACUUGAUCUCCAUCUUUUGAGAAAUGUAUCCCUUAUUAUAAAUUCUUUAAGUCUAAAAUACUUUCCUGCAUCUGUGUAAAGUAUUGGUUAAAGAGAAUUGCUUUUCCUUUUACCUCGUGUUGUAAACUAAAAAGCUCAAUUACAGAUUUAUCCACUGUCUUGA